AUGUCUGUGUGGGCUCUUUUGACCGAGUGCAGUGAGGUGGAGCUCAAGUUCCACCCCAACAAGAUCAAAGUUGUGUACUUGAGGUGCACCGGAGGCGAGGUCUGCACCACUUCUGCCUUGGCCCCUAAGAUCAGUCCUCUGGGUCUGUCUCCAAAAAAAGUUGGUGAUGACAUUGCCAAGGCUACCAGUGACUGGAAAGAUCUCAGGGUUACAGUGAAACUGACCAUCCAGAACAGACAGGCCCAGGUGAGGCACCGGUCUUUGGCUAGAGAACUUUCUGGAACUAUCAAGGAGAUCCUGGGUACUGCACAGUCUGUGGGCUACAAUGUGGAUGGCUACCACCCACAUGACAUCAUAGAUGACAUCAACACUGGUGCCAUGGAGUGCUCAGCUAGUUAA